AUGUUCCCAUUGAAAAGUGCCCAGAUGCUGCAGACGCUGGAGAAAUCCUUGAGGAAGAGCCUUCCUGUAUCCUUAAAGGUUUAUGGGACCGUCUUCCACAUGAAUCAGGGAAACCCAUUCAAGCUCAAGGCCCUGGUGGACAAGUGGCCUGAUUUUAACACCGUGGUUAUCCGCCCUCAGGAGCAGGAGAUGACAGAUGACCUUGAUCACUACACCAAUACUUACCAAAUCUACUCUAAGGACCCCAAGAACUGUCAGGAAUUCCUUGGCUCACCGGAAGUCAUCAAUUGGAAACAGCAUUUGCAGAUCCAAAGUUCACAGUCCAGCCUCAAUGAGGUAAUACAAAAUCUUGCAGCCAUAAAAUCCUUCAAAGUCAAGCAAACACAAUGCAUUCUCUUUAUGACACCUGAGAUGGCAAAGAAACUGGCUCCUUCGCUGCUGGAUGUAAAGAAUUUAUCACCUGAUGGUGGCAAAGCCAUUGCCAUCAACCAAGAGAUGUUUAAACUCUCAUCCAUGGAUGUUACCGAUGCUGCCUUGGUGAAUAAAUUCUGGCAUUUUGGUGGCAAUGAGAGGAGCCAGAGAUUCAUCGAGCGUUGUAUCCGGACCUUCCCCACCGUCUGCCUGCUGGGGCCUGAGGGGACCCCUGUGUCCUGGUGCCUGAUGGACCAGACAGGAGAGAUACGGAUGGCGGGCACCAUGCCUGAGUACCGGGCCCAGGGCCUCAUCUCCUAUGUUAUCUAUUCCCUGGUCCAGGCUCUGGACAAACUUGGCUUCCCCAUCUAUUCACACACAGACAAGGAUAACAAAAUUAUGCAGAAAAUGAGUCUCAAUCUGAAUCAUAUCCCUAUGCCUUGUGACUGGAACCAGUGGAACUGUGUCCCUCUGUGA